AUGGGAGUGAAACGUCUAGGUGGAAGUGCGUACUUCCAGUCCUGUACUUCCAUUCCUGCAAGUACGGUUGACCUACAAAGUAGUGACGAGUCCUUAAAUGAGUCUGCUAUUGAGUUGAUGAACAUGGAUUUUUUGGACCAAAGUGAUGCGGAGAUUGGGAUCAUGAAAGAAGAUGACACUGCAGCCAAAGGCAAACAUGAAAAGGAAGCUGAACAGAAAUACUUAGGUUUAUUUGAUGUCCACAUCGAUAAUUUGGUACCACCUACACCAAAAAGAACGUCAAGACUGCUUGACCUGCAGCAUGUCAAAUUUCUGAUGGAUUCGUUCCAGUCCGGAUUCACAAACCAGCUUACCAUCCUAGUGGGUAUGGUACCAGAACGAUGUGAUACAACCAUGUUAAAGACAAAAGGUGCAGUUCAAGUUGAGACGCUAGGUGGAAAUCACACCAGGGAAGCACUUCAAUCUCUCAUCAGAAGAGGACAAAGCAAGCUCUCCACUGUCAAAGUAAAUGUAUACUCACUGCUAUCUACUGCGACUGCAUUGACGGUGGGGUGGCAACAUAAUGUUGUACUUCAAGAAAAGCAGAAGCCCAUCACGUUUGUAGACAAAGUAAGAUUGAUGAGACAGGUUCGGCCUUCCAAUCCCCUUACCCCCGCAGACAUGAAAUCCUGGAAGGGGCUACUAUCAUCAAUUUUCCAAGUGAAGGUAAAAAAAGUGGUUCAUCAUUUUUAGUGAUUAUGAUAAUCAUGUGUUUUUCACUUUUCUUCUGG